AUGUCUGGAUUAAGAAACGGGAAUAUGGAAGUUAGUAAGAAAUUGAUUGCAGUCGCAAUUGAGAAGAGCAAAGGAAGCCAAAUUGCUCUAAAAUGGGCAAUUGAUAAUGCUCUUCAAAAUUGCCAAAAUGUUGUUCUUAUUCAUGUCAAUCUUCAUCCUUCCAUCACUUCUUUGGAAGCAUCCCCUUCAGUUUCAUCUUCAAGAUUUAUUGGGCAAAAUGUUGAUGAAGUAACGGGUCAAACGAUGAUAAGUGCACAACAUAAGGAAUUGUUCCAACCUUUUCAUUGUUUCUGCACUCGAAAAGAUAUACAAUGCCAUGAUGUUUUGUUAGAGGAUGUUGAUUUAGGCAAAUCAUUAAUAGAAUAUGUUACACAAUCAGCCAUAGAUGUCUUGGUUGUUGGGGCCUCAUCCAAACAAAGCUUUCUCAGUCGAUUCAAAAUGGGUACAGAUCUUCAAGGAAGUUUAAUGAAAGGAAUUCCAGAUUUCUGCAACUUAUACGUAAUCAACAGAGGAAAGAUUUCAUCAUCAAAAGCCGCAACAUCUCAACCUCCUGCAUUUUCUCAUCUCCGAAAUCGAAUAUUCAAUAAUCCAAAUCCCGCAGCAUUAUUCCAACCUGAUUCAAGAGGAUCAUCACCGAGACCGCAAAAUGAGAAUAAAGUGAAAGUAUUGAAGAAAAUGAAAUCUAUAAAGUCACCCUUCUAUAAAAAAUGGCCUCACGGUGAGAUUGCGAGGAGAGGAACGGUAUCGCUGGAUAUAAGUAAUUGUAAUGAACUGAGUUUUGAUUUCGGUGGAGGAGAUUCAGUGGAAGGCGUUCGAUCUCAAUCUAUGGAUAUGGAUUUCAAUUCUUAUUCUUCUAAUGGAAGUUAUCAAUCAUCCGAAUUCAGAAUCCAGGAUGAUGAAGACAUUAAUGAAAUGUUGAGGCUAAAGCAACAACUAAAGCAAACAAUGGAAAUGUAUAGCACUGCCUGCAAAGAAGCUAACACAGCAACCCAAAAGGCAAAUGAACUCCAACUCGAGAAACUUGAAAGGGUGGGGAUAACAAAUAAGACAACAAUUGAAAACGAAAAGACGAAGUCAAAUGAAGCUAGUGAAGAUGCUCAAGUGGCUCAAAGGGAUGCACAAUUAGAAACCGAAAAGAAGAUCAACAGUGUUGAGACGAAAGCCAUUAGAGAUAGCGAUGAUAUGAACAAAUUAGUAGUCUCCAAUAUUGGACUUGGAGAUUCAUGUGGUCCUCUCAAUUGCAAGACAUACAACAUUCAAGAUAUCAAGGCUGCCACGCUUAACUUCUCCGAAACUGUGAAAAUCGGCGAAGGAGGCUUUGGCUUUGUUUAUAAAGCCGUUCUUGAUGAAAUUCCGGUUGCUAUUAAGGUUCUUCGACCCGAUGCAGCUCAAGGAAGAUUGCAGUUCCAACGCGAGGUUGAAGUGCUAAGCAACAUAAGACAUCCAAACAUGGUCUUACUCCUAGGAAUUUGUCCCGAAUACGGUUGUUUAAUCUACGAAUACCUCUCCAACGGCAGUCUAGACGAUCUACUCUUCAAAAGAGGAAACUCACCACCACUAACAUGGAAACAAAGAUUCAAAAUCUCUUUUGAAAUCGCCACCGGUCUAUUAUUCCUCCACCAAUCCAAACCCGAACCAAUAGUUCACCGUGAUCUAAAACCCGCAAACAUCUUACUCGAUUCCAACUACGUAAGCAAAAUCAGCGACGUGGGUCUAGCCAGACUCGUCCCUCCAUCAUCCACAACACAAAAUACAACCCAAUAUCACAUGACAUCAGCCGCCGGAACUUUCUGUUACAUAGAUCCGGAGUACCAACAGACAGGUUUAUUAGGUGUGAAAUCUGAUGUUUAUUCGUUAGGAGUUAUGUUAUUGCAGAUAAUCACGGCGAAAUCUCCGAUGGGUUUGACUCAUAGUGUGGAGAAAGCAAUUGAAAAGGGUAAUUUUGGUCAGAUGUUAGAUCCGACUGUUUUUGAUUGGCCGGUUGAAGAGGCACUUUCGUUUGCUAAAAUGGCACUUAAGUGUACGGAAUUGAGAAGAAGAGAUAGGCCGGAUUUAGAGAAGGAGGUUUUACCUGAAUUAUUGAGGUUGAGAGAUUUGGCUGAUAGAUGA